AUGCCGCCGAGACGAAAUGCGCCUACGGGUAACAACGAUAAUACCUCUGCAAUAGAUCGUAUGGCUCAGGCAAUGGAGAGAAUGGCUGAGUUUAUGCUAGCUCAGCAAGGUCAAAACCAAAACCAGGGACAGCCACGGGUGGAUUUUGCUAAGGUAAUCGCCAACCGACAACCACCGUGCUACGCAGGUGAAAAAGAUCCGGUGAUUUUGGAAGAGUGGAUCCGAAUGUUCGACAAGUUGCUCAACGCAGUGAAUUGCCCUGCGAAUCAACGAGUAUCUUCUGCAGUCUAUUACCUGACGAAGGCCGCAGACAACUGGUGGGCAACAGUCGGACCUGAUCUCUUGCAAGACCUAGCGUUUGGUUGGGAAGAAUUCAAGGUGGAAUUAAGGGAACAAUUCUACACUGAGCGUAUUAAAGGGAUUAAAUGCGAGGAGUUCCUACGACUAAAGCAGAAAGGAGCAACUAUCCAGGAAUAUUAUGACCAAUACGUGGAACUGAUGCGUUUUGCUCAAGAGAUAGUACCGGAUGAGGCGAGCAAGGCAAGGAGAUUCGUUCGGGGGUUGGACUGGAGCAUCAGGGGAAUGAUCGCACCAUUCAUGUGCUCUACCUUGAAAGAGGCGUAUGAUAGAGCCUCAGAUCAUUAUCAAGUAUACCUGGACCAACAGGAAGUCUACGGCAGAAGCAAGAGGAAAGCUGAUGACAAGUCUCGGAAGUUUCCGGCAAGAAACAAGAAGGCCAACCAAGACAGCUUCAACCCAGUACGAGGAAGAGAAGGAGCCAAUCAGGGGAACCGUCCUGCUUGCCCAAGAUGUGGGAGGGAUCAUCCCGGAGAAAACUGUCAAGGGAUGAAGUUUAGAUGUUACAAGUGUGGUCUCCUGGGGCACAAAUCUUUUCAGUGCCGAAGUCAGGAAGACAGUCCCCAAAAACCUCUGCAGAACGUGAAUCAAGGAAGGAGAUUCAAUGGGAAUGCUGGCCAAAGGCCCGCAGGAGCAGAAGACAAGAGGACCAACUCCCAGUCUGUGAAUUUGGAAAGACCAGCGAAUGCCACGUUUGGUUCCAAUCACAAAGGAAAGCAAUUAAGGCCUACUGCCAAGUUAGAGUUAAAUGUCACAACGGCUUCGGGAGUAGUAGUAUCUUGUAAGGAUGGUUAUGACGACGUUGCGAUAGAAAUAGCGGGAUUUAACUGUCCCGGAAACCUUAUUCGUUUUGAGCUUGAAGGCAUCGAUAAAUUAAAGAAGCACGUCCGCCAGGGAUGUGAAGCGUAUCUCUGCUUGGUGCAAGACGCCGAAGUAGAAGAACUCGAGAUGGACCGAAUUCCAAUUGUAUGCGAAUUUCCUGACGUAUUCCCCGACGAUCUCACUGAGAUGCCACCAAAAAGGGAAGUGGAGUUCACUAUCGAUCUUGUAGAAUCUUUGCCGAUGAGUAAUGUAUAG